GAAAUUCAUUGCUGUAGCUAUGGUAAAUCGAGUUCUCUGCCCGUGCUGAAUGCAUUAGUCUAAUGAGAUGUUUGCAGCCGGAGAGCGGGGCUGCUGGGGACCGACUGUGAGCUCCUAGCGCGGCUGCGGGAGCAGCUUUUGUAACGGUGGCCGGUGGCCGGUGGCCGGUGGCCGCAGGUACCAAGAGCGCCUGGGCCUCCUGAGCCAGCCCUCCCGGCCCCGCGGAGAGCCCGAGCGGGGCUCUGGCGAACGAGCCGGAGGUGAGGGAGAUGCACAGGCAGAGGGGGUGCCACUGACUUGGGAUCCUGCUCCUUCUGCUGUCGCCACGACAGGUGACGCGUUGGCUGCGGCCGCCUGGGCCCGGUGCCACGGCGAGUGUCCCGGACCAGCAGGUAAAAACCUCAAGAUUCGGUCAAUUUAAGCAGAGAGUUUCAGUGGCUCAAGGUCAUCCGCACCUCUUCUGCCUGUGAGCGAUUUGUCACUUCCUUCUGUAAGCCUGGCACCAGCAGACAUGCAGUCUCAGAGGACCCCGGGGAGGAAGCGAGGCCGGCCCCCACUUCACUCAACACCCAUGAAGAUGGCAGUCCAUAACCUUUAUUCCGCUUCAGCUGGGUCUUUGCCAGCAGUGAAGAUCCCAAAGAAAAGAGGGCGGAAGCCUGGGUACAAGCUCAAGUCUCGGGUUCUUAUGACUCCUUUAGCCCUCUCGCCUCCACGAAGCACACCGGAGCCCGACCUCAGUUCCAUCCCUCAGGAUGCAGCCACCAUACCCAGCUUGGCGGCCCCACAGGCUCUCACAGUCUGUCUCUACAUCAACAAGCAGGCCAAUGCAGGGCCGUACCUGGAGAGGAGGAAGGUGCAGCAGCUCCCCGAGCACUUUGGGCCCGAGAGGCCCUCGGCGGUCUUGCAGCAGGCCGUGCAAGCAUGCAUCGACUGUGCCCACCAGCAGAAGUUGGUCUUCUCCCUGGUCAAACAGGGUUAUGGUGGUGAGAUGGUGUCAGUCUCGGCAUCCUUUGAUGGGAAGCAGCACCUGCGGAGCCUGCCUGUGGUGAACAGCAUCGGGUAUGUCCUCCGCUUCCUCGCCAAGCUGUGCCGAAGCCUCCUGUGUGAUGACCUCUUCAGCCACCAGCCCUUCCCCAGGGGCUCCAGGGGCUCUGAAGAAGCCCAGGAGAAGAAGGAAGGCAGGAUGGAGUCAGCAAAAACAGUCACCACUGAGGACUGCCUGGCGAACCCUGUAGGCAUGAACCGCUACAGUGUGGACCCAUCCGCCUCUGCCUUUAGCCACAGGGGCUCCUUGCCCACCUCCUCCUCGCUGUACUGCAAGAGGCAGAACUCUGGAGAUGGCCAUCUUGGGGGAGGCCUGGUCACCACUGCCAGUGGUCCCCGCUCCAGCCCCAUGUCCUCUGGAGGCCUCUUGGCACCUGGGCUGAGGCCCCCAGGCUCCAGCCCCAAGAGAAACGGGACCUCUCUUGAAGGAAACAGAUGUGCCUCGAACCCUUCCCCGGCCGGGCAGGACGCCAGGCGGCCGAGGAGCAGGAACCCUUCCACCUGGACCGUGGAGGAUGUGGUCCGGUUCGUGAAAGACGCUGACCCGCAGGCCCUGGGCCCUCACGUGGAGCUCUUCAGAAAGCACGAGAUCGAUGGCAAUGCUCUCUUGUUGCUGAAGAGUGAUAUGAUCAUGAAGUACUUGGGUCUGAAACUGGGACCCGCACUGAAACUCUGUUACCAUAUUGAUAAACUGAAGCAAGCCAAAUUCUGAAGGUUUUUAAAAGGACAGAAGCAAAGUCCAGACAACCGGUCUCAAGAUCAUCUGCCUUACCAACAUCCAAGCCACCUCCACAAGAUGGAUUUUCACCUGAAAAAUCACAGCCACAAAGACUUGGUCUUUUUAUUAAACGUGUGCAUCUCUGCCUUUUUAAAAAUUCAACGUGGCCCUUCUGAAAGGCUCCUCUGUGUUAAUGAUUUGCCAAAAAAAAAAAUAAUAAUAAUGGAAAGCCUAUUAUUUGAGCGUUUCUGAUAGGUUGGUUGCUCUUAGAAUGGGUCCUAUUUUUAUGAUGAGAGGUCAGGAAACCCAAUGCCACCGCCCAAGGAGAACCCUGGAGGGUUCCAACGAUGUGAGAAGAAAGAUCUUUGUCUCUACAGGGACACUACCACAGCACCACCUGUCUUUAACUCAGCCCCGGGGACCUAUCCCUGUGAGCCUUGCUUAAUUCAGCUCUGGAAGCUGUCUUCUGAGGAAACAUGCCUCACCUUGCACUAUCUGGAAAACUUGAAUUUUUUUGCUCUCUGAAAGAGAAAGGGAAAAAAAAAAAAUCUUUUCUAUUCCUUGUUAUUUGAAGUACUGUGUUGUCUCGCUAGAGGGCAGACUGCAAAUGAAGUUUCAGGACCCUCCCUGCAGCAGUAGCUGCUGCUUUGGCUCUCGGUGGCCGGGUUAGGGUCUCGGUGAGUAAGAUCUAACCUACGCAGACGGGGAGUUUCUUCCACAGUCAGUACCACAGAUUGCAACUUGGGAAGAAACACUCUUCUAGAACGUUCUAGCUCAUAGCCAGUCCUUAUCGACUGACCUGAGAUGCACAAGCAGCAAAGGCAAGAAUUUGGAAGUCUGUUCUUCCUGAAGGGAGUUCCUUCCCUUUCAGAGUCCUAACUGGGGUGUGGAUGUGUUGGCACGCUAAAGAGUCCUGGUGACAUUUAGCCACGGGUGUUUCUUUAAAAAAAAAAAAAAAAAGAGGAAGAAGAAGAAGGAAAAAAUGUUUGAGAUAAGCUUCGAAAUGAGAGAGUGAUUUCUAGUGACAUUGCUGGAUUAUGUAGUUGUAUCGCUGGCUAUUUUUUCUAGCUCUCAACAAAUACACAGAUAUGCUAUCAGUGCGUUUAAUUCCAUUUACAAAUAGGUUUUCCUUCUUCACCGUGAAUAAUAGGAAAAAAAUUGAUUUUUUUUACCCCUUCACAGUUGUGUUUAAGGAAGGACGAUGAAUCCCCGAGUUACUAGGCAGAGGGCAUCCUCAUCUCUCAUUCCUCUUUUUUUUUUUUCUCAUUCCUCUUUUUAUCCUUCUCCUUUCUCUCUUUCCCUCUUUUAUUCAUCUUCCCUUGCUGAAGAGGAAACAUAUCUUCAAAACGAAUUCACCUUUGACGCGGGCAUAUCCUCUUCCUUAAAAACAUUUGCAGUGCUGGAGGGGAGGGGAUGAAAACUAGGCCUUGCAAUCUCUGGGAGGGUGACAAUCAAAGAAAAUGCAGGGCCUCCCUUGGCCCAAAUGCAGAUGAGAAGCACACCUUCCUCUAUGGAGCAGGGUGGGCUUUCACCCCCCUCACCCCUCAACCAGGUGCCGGACAGGAGCUGUACAGCCUUGAGGGCAGCCAGGAGAGAUUUGCAUAGGGAUCUUCUAGAAGUCAGUUAGAACUUAGAGGAAGAUCAGAAGAAAGAGUCCAUGCCAUGCCGUCAGACCCGCUCUGAUGAGCAGUAUUUGAGAAAGCGCAUCAUAGCAAAAUAACUUUUUUGGACACACAAACGGUGGCUGGACCUAAAGCAUGACAGAGACAGGAAGGAGGACAAUGUCCUAAAUGUGCUCACUACUAGAGCUUGAGUCAUCAGGCUGUGCAAGAGCUUGGUGUCUGUUGCUUUCAACACCUGACAAAACUACCCUGAAUCAGGCCCCAGACAGAGUCCUCCAAGAUUUUUUUUUAAUUUUUAUUUAUGAUAGUCACACAGAGAGAGAGAGAGAGAGAGAGAGAGGCAGAGACACAGGCAGAGGGAGAAGCAGGCUCCAUGCACCGGGAGCCCGACGUGGGACUCGAUCCCGGGUCUCCAGGAUCGCGCCCUGGGCCAAAGGCAGGCACCAAACCGCUGCGCCACCCAGGGAUCCCCUCCAAGAUUUUAAAGUGAUAAAAUAUUUGUUCAUUGUAAGUGCUCAUGGCUGGUCCGGAGUUAGAUAAGUUCCCUCAAAAGGCCGUGGCUAGGUUACGUGUUCAGCACCGCCAGUGUGAAAAUGGUGAGAUCCAGAAAGCCCCCCCGACAACCCAUCCUCACUGUCUCCACCUGUGGCGUUUUUGCUCAGGCCUCUGAAGCUCCUGCCUCUUCCAUCAACAUAUACCUCUUGGAGAGACCUUCGAAGCUUCCUACCCACCCUCACGAGUGCCUCCCUCACUACAAAGCAUGAACGUUGGUGCCCCCGCCCACGAAUGAAAAUCACCCCCAAACAAGGUCAAGGAGAUACUUGGAGUAGUGUUUGGGGGAGAGAGAUUUUCUCAUCUCAAGUCUGGGAGAAAACUGGAUCCAUGUUCACGUGUAACUGCUGUCACCGAGGUGCGAUCUCAUUUUGCGUGAAACUUGAAGCAGGAGGACAGAUUGCUGGAGCCAUGAUAUUUAAGG